AUGUCGUAUUCGCCAAAGAUUUCAAACCCAAGUAAUGACUUGUUAUUAACUAAAAGGGAGAUUUUGAAAGAGUCGUCAUCAAUCUUUGAUCCGUUGGGAUUGCUCUGUCCAAUUACUGUUAGAGGAAAAAUGUUGAUACAGUUGCUAUGGAAACAAAACUUCGACUGGGAUGAGGUUUUACCCGAAGAAAUAAUUACGGAAUGGAUAAAGAUAAGAGAAGAUUUAGUCAAGGCCACCGGAAUAAAAUUCAGCCGGCAAUAUUUCCCAAAAUCCACACACAAAGAUGAAAGCCUGCAUAUUUUCGCCGAUUCAAGCAUUAAAGCGUAUGGAGCAUGCGCAUAUCUCGUUUCCGGUAACGAAAGCAUACUCAUCAUGGCGAAGAGUAAAGUAGCCCCAAUUAAGCAGCUUACAGUUCCAAAGCUAGAACUUUGUGCAGCACUUCUUGCAGCAAGACUUUGUCAACAUAUAAAGUCAGCUAUUGAUUGUAAAAGUAUAUAUCUAUGGAGCGAUAGUCAAAUCGUGUUGAGUUGGAUUUCUUCAGCCAAGAAACAACCGAUAUUUGUUUCAAAUCGUGUAAAGGAAAUACAAGAGAUGUCUAAUGGUUUUCAAUGGCAGUAUUGCCCGACUCAUGAGAAUCCUGCAGACCUUUUAUCGAGAGGACUUACCUACGAAAAAAUUCAAAAUAAUCCAUUGUGGAUGCAUGGCCCUAAAUGGCUGGCGGAUGAGAGAGCAUUUCCAAGGAACGAUUACCAGUUUGUUGAAUAUGACAAUCCUAUAUGUGAAACAACUGUUUUGACGGCCUCAAGAGACUCAUUACAAACACCAAAUAUUAUAGAGAUUCUAGACUUCCAGAGAUAUAAUUCAUAUAUGAAACUAUUACGUGUUACGGCCUACGUCAACCGAUUUGUUAACAAUUGCAGACGUUCAGAGAAAAUACGUGACCUUUAG